GAGUUCACUUGACCCACGGUGGAUAUUACUUUGGUGGACAUUUUUUGAAAGGAUUUAUUUUGUCUUUCUUCUACAUGUGAAUUUGCCGACAAUAUGGGAAUACUGUUAUUAUUUGCGGUGUUGCAAGUGUCAACAGUCGGCUGGGUGAUGGCUGGCUGUCCCGCGGUGUGUGAGUGUCCAUCAGGGGCCCCCUCCUGCCCUCCAGGGGUCAGCGCUGUCCCGGACGGUUGCGGCUGCUGUAAAGUGUGUGCAGCACAGCUCAAUCAGGACUGCCAUGAGGGACAGCCCUGUGACCACCAUAAGGGCCUGGAGUGUAACUAUGGCAAUGACGUGGGCCGUACACAUGGCAUCUGCAGGGCAAAGGCAGAAGGCCGCUCCUGUGAAUACAAUGGACACAUGUAUCAGAAUGGGGAGAACUUCCGUGCAGGGUGCAAACACCAGUGCACCUGUAUUGAUGGAGCAGUGGGCUGCGUGCCACUCUGUCCCAGCCAUGUGCCCCUGGCCUCGCCCUCCUGUCCGGCCCCACAGCUGGUCAAAGUCCCAGGGCAGUGUUGCCUUAGCAUCGACUGCCAUAAAGGAACCACAGUAAUACCUCCAGUUCACAGAAAACCGCAGCCGCCCGCCUUCCACCCAUAUCUCUUCAUGCCUUAUCCAUCCUACCCAUAUAGCAAACCUCAUUUCAAGCCAUACCACAAGCUUUUCAAAUCUAAGAAAGGCAAGGAAACUUAUGGAAAUGAGCUACUGGAGGUGGGGCGCAAGUGGGAGAAGACACGUGGACACAAUCACCUUGCAGCAUGGAGGCAGGCGGGAGACCAGUGUGUGGUGCAGACUACUUCAUGGACACAAUGCUCCAGAAGCUGUGGGAUGGGUGUGUCUUCUCGGGUCACCAAUGACAACGCACGGUGCAAACUGAUCAAAGAAGUUCGGCUGUGUAACAUCCGCCCAUGCAGCUCAUUGUCCAUGCCUGUCAAGAAAGACCGUAAAUGCUCUCGCACUCACAAAGCACCUGAGCCUCAGAGGCUGUCGUACGCUGGCUGCAGGAGCACUCGUCUCUACAGGCCAAACUAUUGUGGUGUGUGUCGGGACGGCCGCUGCUGCUCCCCCCGCCGCACACGCACUGCCUCUGUGGUCUUCUCCUGUCCUGAUGGAGAGCGCUUUCAUAGGUCUGUCAUGUUCAUCCAGUCCUGUAAGUGCAGCGAUCAGUGUAACCACCUGAACGAGGCGGCCAUGCCCCCCCAGAGAUGGCUCUACGGGGACACACACAAGUUCAUCGACUAACCCCACAACACUGACUCUCCCUUUAGAGGUCCAGUAGAGAAUAGCUGUCCCUAGUGUAUUCAUGAGUAAAUGUGAGAACACUCAACAAAGACCUUUUCAAAAACGUUAUUAUUGUGGACGAAUGGGGAGAGCCUCCAACAGGUAACUGUCUGUUUGGGACAGAACUGAUCCGUAGUGAUGACACAGACUCAAGGGCCACACACUGAACUGUGAGACUGAACUCUGAUGAGAAGGGCACUAAACAGAUGCACAAAUGUGUUGGUCCUGUGUAAUCCUUGAUGUCAAUAGGCAGCACAGAAGCUGCUUACACGCUGCUGCAGGGUCAGAGUUGGACCCACGGGGGUCAUGUCUGGACCCUCUGGAGAUACACCAUGGAACAAAGCAGGGAAGACUCCGGGGCAGAGAUGCUGUGGACGCAGAUCGUCUUUUCAUGGUAUUUAUUCACUGCUAUUUAUUGAUGUGACUGUAGCAGGUCAUCAUACAGAAUGGAGCAACAGCGACUAAGCUCUGCAACAGACAGGAUUAUUGAUCUAUCUAGACCCCCAGGGU